AUGGCCGACACCACGAUAACGGAUCCCUUGGCGGACAGAGGGCCAGAACUGAGCGGUACGACAACGGCGCUGCUCGUUCUCGCAACGGUGUUCGUUGGGCUUCGGUUCUGGGCGAGAUGGACGGUUGGCUUCAACUAUGGCCUCGAUGACUGGUUCAUGGUGGUUGGAUUGAUCGUCACCUUCAUGGCCGGUGCCCUCAACUAUGCUAUGAUUGGCCAAGGUCUCGGACGCCAUGCCUCAACGAUUACUUUGGAACAGCAGGUGCAGUUCCUCAAGCUGCUUCUGGCUUUCGAAUGCAUCUACGUCACGGCGGUCAUGUUCAUCAAGCUGUCGCUGUUGCUGAUGUACCGCCGCAUCUUCCCGUCCCGCGGAUUCAAGAUCUCGGCCAUGGUCCUCGGUGCCCUCACCAUCGGAUGGUGGAUCUCGAUCGUCCUGGUCUGCGUGUUCCAGUGCACACCUGUUGCCAAGGCGUAUAUGCCAUGGAUCGACGGCACCUGUAUCGACUUGAAGGCCUCCUUCAUCGGAAACGCCAUCCCCAACAUCUUGACGGACGUCGCCAUCCUCUGUCUGCCCAUUAAAGAGGUGUGGAGGCUGCAGGUCACCAUGGUGCAGCGUCUGUCGCUGUGCUUCAUGUUCUUGCUUGGUGGAUUCGUUCUGUUUGCCAGUAUCUACCGCUUCACGACGAUUAUGCAAUUCGAGCUCACAGACACGACCUGGACUCUCGCUACUGCCUGCACGUGGUGUGUCGUCGAGUGCGCCUGUGGUGUUAUCAGUGCUUGCUUGCCAACACUUCGCCCGCUCAUGGUCAAGGUGUCUUCGCAAUUCGGCAGCAUCGCAACCAAGUACAACCUUUCCGGAGGCCAGAGCGGCGGGCGUGCGACCAAGAUGGGCAGCCGUGGCCCCACGGAGCUCAUGACUAUUGGAGGAACCGGCGGCAAGUCGGCCGACAGAGGGUUCAAGCGUCUCGGAACUGAGGACGGCAAAUACGGUGUCACGACGAGCGUAACUGGGCGAUCUGAAGGCGGUAAGGGCCCUGCCGACUCCGGCUCAGACGACGAUCUCUCACUCAAGGGUGGCAUCCGUAUCAAGGUUGAUCAAGAGGUCCGCUGGGGCGAGGAGCAGCCCAAGUACAACGAGUCGAAGUACCAGUCUUCCUCGAGAAGCGCUUCGUCCUCGGGUCUUGGCUCUCGAGUGUAG